AUGGUUAACGAUCAAACAAUGCAAACGUUACCUCGGCUGGACGUGUACAUGCUUGGUGUUUAUGUGCAACCGAGCGGUAUACCGGAUAUGCCAAGGCCCUUGCAACCGGGCAAAGUAUGUGCAGCCCCGUUCCAUAAUUGGUGGUAUCGUGCGGUGACGGUGCAGUAUUAUGCGGAGGAAGAUGAAGUUCUUGUUAAAUUAGCUGAUUAUGGUGGAUAUUUGCGCCUUCCACGAUCCGAUUUACGGCAGAUCAGGACGGAUUUCGUGUCAUUACCAUUUCAAGCAGUCGAGUGUUAUUUGGCACACGUGGAACCCAUCGAUGGGACGACGAAAUGGAGUGAAGACGCAUUCGCUUUAUUCAGUAGCUUAAUUGGUGAACGGAAUUUGGAGUGUUACGUUGUUGGAUAUAGUAUCGACGAUUCGAAACCAGUCGUCGAAUUGUUCGCAACUGAUGACAAUAACAGGGUAUCUAUCCCACAUUUUGCAUACUUUUUUUUUGAAAUUUGA